AUGCUCCGGAUACGAGCGGUGGAAGCAUUCCGGCACGGUAACCAUGGUGAUCGCAACUCCUUCCUGGGACCUUUCGGUUCUCAUGGUGACAGGAAGUCAUCGCACGAGGAUUCGGGCUACGUCUCUCAUGCUUUCGACAACGACUUCAGAUUGGGCAUGCUGCCGGCGGGAGGAACAGGCUGGAAUGCGGAGAACAAUAUAGAUAUUAGCAGUCGUGUAACCUCAGCGCUGUUGCAUGGGCUCGCAAACCUUCUGGGCUUCCCUCACAAGAGGCCGCCUACCGCUCUGGGCAUGCUGGCGACCGGGUCACCUGAUCACGGCAGUCCGUACAACGCUGGCGCAGACAGCAAGCAUGACAUGGCUUUGCACAUGAUCGGGCAUGGCAACGGGCACACCCUUGAUUCCGAGGACUUCACAGACAAGGCCUGGGAGGCCGUGAGCUCGUUGGGCGAUGUGGCCAAUCGCUACAAAUCCUCAUUCGUUGAAGCUGACAUGCUGCUGCUCAACUUACUCAAUCUCGGUGAGGAAUCUACGUGUCACAAAAUACUGCAACAUGCCGGUGUUGACGUUUCCAAGAUGCGUGAGGACCUCGAGGUCCACCUCUCAAAGCAACCACGCAUGUCGGCGGGAUUCGGUGACCAGAAGGUUCUAGGGAGAACGCUGCAGAAUGUGUUGACGGUAACGCGGAGGUUCAAGUCGGAGUACAACGAUCACUUCAUCAGCGUCGAGCACCUGCUUCUUGCACUCGCUUGCGAGGAUACCAAGUUUACCAAGCCUUGGUUAGCGCGACAAAAGGUAACGUAUGAGAAGCUCAAAAAGGCAGUGGAGGCAGUGCGAGGAAAACGCAAAGUGACGUCUAAAAAUCCCGAAAUGUAUAGCAAAGACCUCACCCUGAUGGCGAAAAACGGGAAACUUGAUCCAGUCAUUGGACGAGACAACGAGAUCCGCAGGACCGUGGAAAUUCUCAGCCGGCGCACAAAGAACAAUCCCAUUUUACUGGGCGACCCGGGUGUUGGCAAAACAGCGAUUGCUGAGGGCUUAGCUAAUCGAAUAGUGUCGGGUGACGUACCCGACUCUCUGAAGAACACACGUGUCAUAUCGAUCGACCUGGCGUCUAUAGUGGCUGGAACCCAAUACCGCGGAGAGUUCGAAGAGCGGCUGAAGGCUAUCCUGAAGGAAGUCCAGGAGUCACAGGGCGAGAUCAUUAUGUUCAUUGACGAAAUCCACUCUUUGGUGGGAGCAGGGGACGGCCAAGGCGCGCUAGACGCAGGAAACAUCCUGAAGCCUAUGCUUGCGCGUGGGGAACUGCGUUGCAUUGGCGCAACAACGCUGCAGGAGUAUAAGAGAAUCGAAAAGGACAAGGCUCUGGAGCGUCGGUUCCAACCUGUAUACGUAGAUCAGCCAAGCGUCGAGGAGACCAUCAGUAUCCUCCGCGGUCUCAGGGAACGUUACGAGGUGCACCACGGAGUGCGAAUCUUGGACUCUGCACUUGUCGAGGCUGCUCAGCUCAGCGACCGAUACAUAACUGAUCGUUUCCUACCGGACAAGGCCAUUGACCUCGUGGACGAGGCGGCGGCAAGACUGAAAAUUCAAUUGUCGAGCAAGCCAAUCCAACUCGAUGCGAUCGAGCGUAAGCUCUUACAGCUGGAGAUGGAACGAAUCUCUAUAUCCAAUGAUGGCGGGCGCGACCAGUCCCAAAGCAACGCGGUAGGGAUUCUACCGGACAGCGCACGGCAGAAGUCCAUACCGGAAAAUCGGAGGAUUGAGCGCAUCCAAAAGGCCGUGGAAAAGUUGCAGGCAGAGAAAGAGGCACUAACAAAUGCGUGGCUGCAAGAGAAGGGGCUCGUGGAUGCAAUUCGUAACAUCAAGGAACGGCAAGAUGUUGUAAAGGUCGAAAUCGAAAAGGCUGAGCGCGAGUUCGAUCUUAACCGCGCCGCUGAACUAAGAUUCGAGACGCUGCCCGAUCUGGACAAGCAGCUUGUGCAAGCCGUGGAGGCAUAUGAAGCUCACGCCAAGAAUGUGCUGUCAACAGGCGGCCAGUUGAUGCUGCGUGAUGAGGUCUCUCGCGAAGACGUCGCCAGCGUUGUCUCUCGGUGGACUGGCAUUCCCGUUGAACGCCUUGUGAGGUCGCAGCGUGAGAAGAUGCUGCAUCUGGCGACCGAGCUCCGCAAGAGAGUCAAAGGUCAAGAUGAAGCCAUUGACAUAGUGACUAAAGCGAUCCAGCGUUCCCGUGUGGGCAUGAGCGACCCCAAGCGGCCCAUUGCCAGCUUCAUGUUCCUCGGCCCCACGGGUGUGGGGAAGACUGAACUGUGCAAGGCGGUUGCGGAGCAAUUGUUCGACACCGACGAGUCGAUUAUUCGGUUUGACAUGUCAGAAUAUAUGGAAAAGCACACUGUGUCUAAACUGCUAGGUGCGCCCCCGGGAUACGUAGGAUACGAGAAAGGCGGAUUGCUGACAGAUGCUGUUCGCAGAAGGCCAUACUCUGUCGUCCUGUUCGACGAAAUCGAGAAGGCGCAUCCCGACGUAUUCAACAUCAUGCUGCAGCUGCUGGACGAUGGGAGGCUGACCGACGCGACGGGACGGAAGGUUAAUUUCACCAACUGCCUUAUCAUUUUCACGUCGAACCUUGGCAGCCAAAACAUUCUGGAGCUGGCCAAGACCCCUGACAAGAAAGCCGAAAUCAAAAACAAGGUGAUGCAGGCGGUUAGGCAGACCUUCUCCCCCGAGUUCCUCAACCGUAUGGACGAAUUUGUUGUGUUCAAUGCGCUCUCAAAGGAAGAGCUGAAAUCUAUCGUCGACAUUGAACUUGGAAAGCUAGCAGACCGCCUAGCCGAGAAAAACAUAAAGCUGGCCGUUGACAACGAGGCCAUUCUCCACAUCGCAGAGUUGGGUUACGACCCAGCGUACGGCGCCCGGCCUAUCCGGCGCACCAUCCAGCGGGAGCUGGAAUCUAGGAUCGCAAAGGACUUACUGGACGACACGUGUCGGGAGAACGACGUGGUGAGGGUGAAAUACGACGGGGGCCUGAAGAUAGAGGUAUCACGCGAAUAG